CCCACAAGCUGGGAGCAAAGCCAAUAAGCAAAGGUGGCCUCGGACCCGGGGACAGGGUCCCCUCAGUCAGUUACUACCAGUGAUUUGACCCUGGCUAUCGGAACUGAGGCGGGGGGAUAAACAGAGGCCAUGGGGGCGGGCGGUGAACUGAGGACCCGGAGCCGCGUCGCCAGCGGGAAUUGUAGUUUUUGGUUUCCCAAAGUCUCCGCUGAACAGGCUUAUGACUGAGCAAAUUUGUACUACAUCUCCCAAAGUUCCUUACGAGCACUGGUUGUCCCGCCUCUGGAGAGCUCUGCAUUGUGGGAUAUAUAGUCCGAAAUGUGGCGAAGCAGGGCAGAGUCCAAAGAGAGGUGUAGGACUUGGACUCGGUUUCCCUGCGGCCUCGGUAGGCUCGCGGGCCAUUGGCUGAGCGGGGAGAUCUGGUCUCGCUCCUCCCCGCCCCCAGUGACACAAUAGCAGCUCCCUCCAAGAUGGCGGCGGCGACGGCGGACCCGGGAGCUGGGAGCCCGCAAGCUGGAGAUUCCUCUGGCGGGGGCGCUGGGGGCGGGCUGCAGUCCCCGGGGGAGCAGGAGCUGAGCCGGCGCCUUCAGCGCCUGUACCCCGCGGUCAACCAGCAUGAGACGCCGCUGCCGCGCUCCUGGAGCCCCAAGGACAAGUACAACUACAUCGGCCUCUCCCAGGGCAACCUCCGCGUCCACUACAAAGGUCAUGGCAAAAAUCACAAAGAUGCUGCCUCAGUGCGUGCCACCCACCCCAUACCUGCUGCCUGUGGCAUUUAUUACUUUGAGGUGAAGAUUGUCAGCAAAGGAAGAGAUGGGUACAUGGGAAUAGGACUGUCAGCUCAAGGCGUCAACAUGAACAGACUUCCUGGUUGGGAUAAACAUUCCUAUGGUUACCACGGCGAUGAUGGGCACUCAUUCUGCUCCUCCGGGACUGGCCAGCCCUAUGGUCCCACAUUCACCACAGGAGACGUGAUUGGCUGCUGUGUCAACCUCAUCAACAGCACCUGCUUCUACACCAAGAAUGGCCACAGCCUUGGUAUAGCCUUCACAGACCUCCCGGCCAACCUCUACCCCACCGUAGGCCUGCAGACACCUGGGGAGAUUGUGGACGCCAACUUUGGGCAGCAGCCCUUCCUGUUUGACAUUGAGGACUACAUGCGGGAGUGGCGUGCCAAGGUCCAAGGCACUGUGCACUGCUUCCCCAUCAGUGCCCGGCUUGGCGAGUGGCAGGCGGUGCUGCAGAACAUGGUCUCAUCUUACCUGGUGCAUCAUGGGUAUUGUGCCACAGCCACGGCUUUUGCCCGAAUGACUGAAACCCCGAUUCAGGAAGAACAAGCAUCCAUAAAGAACAGACAAAAGAUCCAGAAGCUGGUGCUGGAGGGCCGUGUGGGUGAGGCCAUUGAGACCACACAGCACUUCUAUCCAGGACUGCUGGAACAUAACCCUAACCUGCUCUUCAUGCUCAAGUGCCGACAAUUUGUGGAGAUGGUGAAUGGGACUGACAGUGAGGUCCGCAGCUUGAGCUCCCGAAGUCCCAAGUCCCAGGACAGCUACCCUGGCUCCCCCAGCCUCAGCCCCCGACACGGCCCUAGUAGUUCCCACAUGCACAACACAGGAGCAGACAGUCCCAGCUGCAGCAAUGGCAUCGCAUCCUCGAAGAGCAAACAGAACCACAGUAAAUACCCUGCACCCAGCUCCUCUUCUUCCUCCUCGUCUUCCUCAUCCUCCUCAUCCCCAUCAUCUGUCAAUUACUCCGAGUCCAACUCAACAGAUUCCACCAAGUCCCAGCCCCGCAGCAGCACCAGUAACCAGGAGACCAGUGACAGUGAGAUGGAGAUGGAAGCAGAGCAUUACCCCAAUGGUGUGCUGGAGAGUGUAUCUACACGCAUUGUCAAUGGCGCCUACAAACAUGAGGACCUACAGACAGAUGAGUCCAGCAUGGAUGAUGGGCAUCCUCGGCGGCAACUCUGUGGGGGCAACCAGGCUGCCACAGAAAGGAUUAUCCUGUUCGGUCGCGAGUUGCAGGCACUGAGUGAGCAGCUGGGCCGGGAGUACGGCAAGAAUUUGGCCCACACGGAGAUGCUGCAGGAUGCCUUUAGCCUGCUGGCAUACUCAGACCCCUGGAGCUGCCCUGUUGGCCAGCAGCUUGAUCCCAUCCAGAGGGAGCCUGUGUGUGCUGCCCUUAACAGCGCCAUUUUAGAGUCUCAGAACCUGCCAAAGCAGCCCCCUCUGAUGCUCGCCCUGGGUCAGGCAUCUGAAUGUCUACGGCUCAUGGCCCGAGCAGGCCUGGGAUCUUGUUCCUUUGCCAGAGUCGACGACUACUUGCACUAGCAGACCAUGCCAGCUGGCCCCACCUGGCCCUCCCUCAGCCCCAGGGCUGGAGCAGCCCUGCCCUCCAUAGGCAUUUGGCGCAGGGACCUGGAAGCCAUGGGCAGAGUCCAUUCCUCCUGCCUGGCCUCCCCCACUCCCUUUCCUGUCCUUUCAUCCUUCCCUCCCUCCCUCCCUUCCUUCCUUCUUUCCUUCCUUCUUUAUUUCCUGCCUGCCUGCCCUCCCUCCCUCCUUCAUUCCUUCUUCCUUUUCCUUCUUCCCCCCACCCCCACCCUCAGUUUCUCUCUCCCCUUCACGUGCAGCGGCCUCUGACACAGUAUUGGCUGGUUACUCUCAUGUAGCGCCUUCUACUUUGAAAGGGGGGUCUUGUUUUUGAGGAGGGGUUGGGUUUUUUUAAUCUUUUUUUUUUCCUCCUGACUGAGCCACCAGUAUUUAUCUCUGGAGAGCUUGUGCUGAGCUGGUUUCUGCUAAUUUAGUGAUGAAGCCUAUCCAAGUUGGUGAUAGCUUAUUAUUUUCAUAAGUAAAAAAAUGAGAUUAUAUAUAUAUAAAUAUAUAUAUUAAAAAAAGACACAGUAUUUAUCGUAGUGUUAGUGGUCCAGCACCUCUUGGGCGAGGCUGUCCAGACACCAUGUUUUUAUUUGAGUCCAACUCAUAGAAAAGAAUCAUCUCUGUCACCUCAGCCAAGUGAUAAGUUUAUUUCAGGCUUCCCCUGUGUUGAGUCAUAUGCCCAGCUGCGGCCUAGGGAAGCCCAAUAGGCAUUGGGGGCCACUUAGUAGACAGGUCAGGCUAAGUUGGUUUGCAGCAUCUGAGAGGUAUGGGUCCUAGGCUCCUGAGAGCUGGGGUGAGCAGAGAACUACAGGGCUGAGGCUUCAGAGAAGGGAUGAGUUGGCCUAGGGUUACACGGUGAAGCAAGAGAGUAGAGGGUCCUUGGCCAGCACGCUAUCUACCAUUCUUCCCUGCCUCUCACUGCCUGCCUUGCCCCUCCCUUUCUCCCCCUUUCAACAUCCUAUUUUCCCUUGUUAAGAUGGCCAAAUAAUUCAUUUACUCUAAAUUGAUUGCCUGGAAACUACCUGCCUUUGACCCAAGAGCUGCUGUGUGUCAGGCUGCGGGGAGGAUGUCUCCAUUCCAGGACAGAGGCCCUUGAGUACAGGGGCUGCCUUCUUUCUGCCUGGAUCUUCACCGUCUCUGCACAGCUCUGAUGGAAUCAGUGCUUUCUGUUGAGAAGCUAGGACUUUGUGGAGGCAGAUUCUUGGGCCACCAGUUGCUGGAGUGGAUGGAACUCUUGACCUACUAGGCCAGGCUUUGCUGCAGCUGUGCCAGGCAGCUCCCUGCAGCUUGGCCCCAACCACUCUCAGAAAAGACUAUUAGGAGUAUUUGCUGGCCGGAGGAAGGGACCUCAUGGGCUCUACAAAUGUCACCCCAGCUGUUUCAGAUGGAUCCUCACAGCUGGUGAGGCAAAAACAGUCCUGGUACUGCCAUCAGGGAAUCAGGAAAGGAAGGGCUGAGAUGGCUGCUAGGACUUGGGCAGGCCAUCCAUUGAGAGGACUGACUACCCAGGAGGAAGAAGGGAGGAGGCCUACCCAGAGGAGCACCAGGAGGGGCUGGGAUUUCCCUAUCUGCCUCACAGUGAGAGAGAGCACACAGGCAGCCCUUGCAAAGGGGGAAGGCCAGAAAUUGAACUUCCAAUCCCUGCCUCAGCAAGGGCUGAGUAGAUUCCUGUUCUCUGGCAGCGGACACAGGGAUGGUGAUAUGGCUUGAGAUACUCAUUGCCUGACAUGCCCACAACUGGACAGGAAAAGUGAUUGAGUUGGACCAACUCCUGGUGAUAGGGUUAGGGCCCUGGCCCUCUGCUCUCCCAGGGUUCUGCCUUGGGACCUGAUCCUACAGGCUGCUACUUUUCUUGGUCCCCACCAGGGCCUCAGCUGGCACCCCACAGACUGUGGCCUGUUGAGGAGGUGUUGUCUGUAAAGAACCUCAUCCUGUGCAAGGCUGGGGAUGUCUGGCCCCCAAACCCAGAAACAUCAAGCUGUUAAAAUGGUCAGAGCUGAGCAGGAUGGGGAAUUAAAACUAGAGGCUUUUGCAGCUAGAAUGGGGUUCAGAAAACAUCUACUCCACCAGUCCUCUCCUUUUACAGAUAAUGAGACAGGCCCAGGAGAUUAAAUGACUUAACCAAAGUCACACAGCAAAUUAUGUGGCAGAGCUGGGACUAACCUCAUCCCUCUGGCUUGUGCAACACUGUUUAGUCCUGAAGCUAAAUGGCGGGUGAGGGCUUAGGCUGGGGAAGGCCCCAGCAGUAUCUGAGCAGCUGGUACCUUCAGGGGUGUGUCAGGGAUGGGGAUGGGUGCAUGGGCUUAAGUUGUGGAGCGGCUGAGAGAGGGCCCAAGAGGGCCCAGGGCAGCUGUGUGUGCUUGGGGUUGGGUGUCCUCCUGACUCGUGCUCAGUACCCAUGGCCACCUCCCCAUUUUCUGUGCCUUAUCUCACUGUUUCAGCUGAGUCCAAGUUGUUUACUCUGUUCCUCUCCAGAGGGGCUCUCUGUCCCAGUUGGACAGCUUGCCUUUGGGACAUAAGCCUUUGCCCCACAAGCCGUGGAGAGGACCAAAACCAAGCUGCUUGAGUCCACUAUCUCAUGGAUAGUCCAGGGCUGCCUGCCAGCCAGAGGAGCCCCUUAUGCACACCCAGUCCUACCAGCCUGCUUCCGGGAGCCAACAGUGGGGAAGGCACCUGGGAGGAACCCCAGUGAAGGGCUGGACUUGACCUGUGGGGUCAGGAAGAAGACCCGGUUCCGUUGGGUUGUCCAGCCCUGGGGGAGCAGCCUUCCCUAUUUAUCUUUCCCCCUUGUGCCACCAAAUGGUCACUCCUUCCAGAGCGGACACUGGCAGACCACGCAAAGACAGCCAGAACCUCUGAUCCUCACACAAAUCUGUGGCUGGGGGUAGGCCACCAGGACAGGGACACCAAGAGAUGGAGAAGGGGGGACUGCCCAGCCACCCAGCGCCUUCCUACCCCUUAAGCAAGCACAAAGAAGAUGAGGCAGAGAACUGUCAGAGCUGAAAGUUUCUUUGGUUGCUCACAACUCAGGUAUGCACGCCGUGUGGCAGCCAGGCAGCAGAGCCCUACUUGACCGCCAGUCCCGUGCACCAGACCUGUGGCCUGUUCAUGGACUCUGAAUGCCUCAGGUGCCGCCUCUUUGCAUAGGGUUUUCCUCCAUUAGUAACUACAGCUGAAACAGAUGUCCUCCACAUUGUGCACACUGGUUCUGCCUUUGUCCUCGCAAGUUGAUAUUUGGCAUUAGCAUGAAACUUGUGGGCGUGGGAGGGUUUAGAGAGAAUUCUAACACAAAACAUCCUAUUAAAUUGUACUUGAGAGAUGAAAAAAACUCCUGUUGUAUUUUGACAGAAUUAUUUUUAUUAAAAUACACAUCCAUGAGUAGU